GCCAUCUUGGGCCAAUAUGAGAGAAUUCAUGGUGUCGCAGCUUCCAUACUCCAGCUGACAUUUUGGCUAUUCAUGUCUAUUUCCCUUCUCAUCUCUUCAUAUACCUACAUCAUAGUGGAAGUAAGUAAGAAAUUUGGAUUUUACCCUAGACCAGUGUUUCCUUAAGUCGUAGUUCCAGUCCGUAAGCAUUACACUCUCAGGGGGGCCAAGAAUUUUGCCACCCUCCUUCAAUGAAAAAAAUUGCAAGUGUCCGAAAAACUGCCCCUCGAUAAAAAGAAAAAAAGGCCGCCCGAGGUAGAAUGCCACCUCCGCGCCCCCUUCCUUUCUACGCCAGUGAUUCCAUGGUACAUAUUCGUUUAAAGAUAAAAAAACCUUGAUGGUCCUUGUACUUAAAAUCAUCUCUUCUUUUUUAUUUAACCUCUCACAACCACUUGCCCCUCCCCUGCUGUCUUUCUCUGCCUUUCCUGAGUGUCGGGCCAGUUCACCUUCUCUUCCUUUUUAUGAUGUAGUAUUUUAUUGAUAGUGUGUUGAUCCUUGUUACUCUGUAACACCCCUUUGUGGUAUUCAAUAAAAUAACUGAAUUCAGGAUUCAGGCACAGAUCUUUUUAUAUUAAUGUAAUGGUUGUUAAUGACCUAUGUUCUAUAUUGUUAAUGUUGCUAUUAGAUCAAGGCAUGCCAUUUUUUACAUUCAUUUUUUUAUGUGAUUGGUUGACCAUUAAGUAUCUCUCUCCAUUUUCCUCUGUCCUGUUAACAUAUUUCUUAAUAGAUAUUUUAUUGUAUGCUGCUUUUGAGUUAAACUUGUUGACUGAGAAAUCAGUUUGAUAAUUAAUUUUAUCUUAGGUCUAUGUUGAGGACUUCCUUGGUUUUGUCAUUUUUCAACUCAUCUUCUCACUGUCCUUGGUUUGUUUCUUUCUCAACUGCUGGUCGGAGCAUCCAUCCCAUAAAACAAAUGCAGCUCACAAAGACUACACAUUGAUUGACAAGGUGUGUUAACUUUUGCCGUUAAGGUUUUUGUUGUUGUUGUUUUCUGUUUAAGAUAACAGAAUUUAACUUGAAAGUAAUACACAAUAGUCUUGCCAAAUAUUUUUUUUAAACAGUGUUUUUUUUUUUAAAAAUAAGGUUUUUAAAUGUUGGUUAUAAGCUGUUUAUUGAAAUUUAUUUUGAACUUUGAUUGAAGUUAAUUAGUGCACUGAUCUGUUUUCAUUGUAAAUUGUUUAAUUCCAGCCAGAAUGUCCAGUCCAAAGGGCAUCAGCACUGUCAGAAAUAUUCUUUUGUUGGAUGUUUAAGUAAGUAUGUAAGUAAAGCAUAAAAAAGAUACAUAGAAUGGUGACUCGAUGCAACUCACUUUCAUAUGUGCCAUGUAGACUGUCUAAACAUUGCCCCGCAAAUAAAAAUUACAUUUAUCAUAACUUUUCUGAUUUUAGUUUAUCCAACAGCUUGUCAUAGAGUGCUACAUCAACUGGCUAAAUGUUACUACAUUUUUCAGCCAAGCCAAAUCUUUUUAACUGCAACGUCAAAGAGCCAAAGACAAGUCUUAAAGAAGAUUGACUUUAAAAAAUGAAUAACUUCCUCUUUUCUAACUUAUCCAAGAAUUCUGUAAUGCCAUGUGCUGAACAUGGCAAAGUUUGUUCAUGAAUGUCUGGGUUAUUUAUAAAACACAAUUCUGAGUGAACAGGCCUUGGCAUUGUGCUAGAGAUGGGGCAUUGUGCUAGAGAUGGGGCAUUGUGCUAGAGAUGGGGCAUUGUGCUAGAGAUGGGGCAUUGUGCUAGAGAUGGGGCAUUGUGCUAGAGAUGGGGCAUUGUGCUAGAGAUGGGGCAUUGUGCUAGAGAUGGGGCAUUGGGCUAGAGAUGGGACAUUGUGCUAGAGAUGGGAUGUCCUAUGACAUAUACUGGCGGCCAAAGUUGUAUUCAGUUGCCAACACUUUAAUGGUUGAGAAAAACUAGUCUUAAAUGUAGAAAGUUUCCCAAGUUAUGUCAUUGUGUGACAUCAAUAAAAGUGAUAAGCCCUACCUGCUGCUACUACUGGGGUGUGUAGAUAUAAGUUAACAUGUGGAAACUUUUGCGGCAGUUCAAAGUGGGACUAAACGGACGCACCUUACUUUGCAACAAAUACUAUAUUAUUUUGAUAGUUACCCAAUGUAUAAGCAGUAAAUUUAAAUGUUAGAUUCUAAUGCAGUUCAAUGUUUUUGAAAUGAAAAUGUCAUAUUGAUUUACCUUGGAAUAUAAAGUAUAAAAACAUGAAUAGGCUUCCUUUACUUCAUCUGUCAUGAGCUUGCUAUUAUGUUAAGUUUAACAUAAACUCAUUGUUCUGUUAUGAGCUGAUAUUUGUUAUGCUUAGUUAAGCAUCAGUGUGAUGAUGCCUUAUCUAUUUAUGACAUUUACAUUGUUGGUUAUUCCAGAUUAAUCCGCUUGGGUUAUAAGAGAGACAUUGAAGAGUCUGACAUGUGGUCACUUCCUGCUGAUAUGGAAUGUGACAACCACAUCCCAAAGUUUGAGAAGCUUUGGAAGCAAGAAGAAGAUAGGUGCCAGCGAUGCAGGUGAAUGUCCAUCAAAUAUCCCUCAGUGUUAUUUCUUUUAAAUAUAGUUUUUAUGGGCCAAACAAAUCUGCAUCUGAGAUUUUGUUACCUCUGUUGGAGUGAUAGGUAUAAACAAGUUUAGAAAAUUAACUGACCCAAAGUAGAAUUGAAGUUUUAUAAUGGUGAUAUUAAUAUAAUUUUAAUAAAUCUUAAGAAAAAGUUUUAUUAUUUGCAUCCUUUUUCUCUUCGUGAGACAAUGGUAUGGCUUCUGUAUUAUUUGCGAUUUCUUGAGUGGCUUACGAGGCCAAUCCUGGAGUGACAGUCUUCUCUGCACUACUUGAAGAAGAACCUUGGCUGGUGGUUUUCUUGAGCCUUCCGUAUUGCUCUUUUUCCUACAAGAACUUUGGGAAUAUCUUAUUAAGAUAUGUUAUAUUUUAAAAAAUUGUUUGUCAUGCCAUAGCUUUCAGAAGUCAGGAAGAAAUGUGUUUACUAAAAAUUGAGCUGGACAUUUUAAGUAGUUCUUCUGUAACUUUACAAAUGGAUUGUGUCUAUGGUUGAUUUCUUUGAUUUCAUGGGUUGCAUCCGCAGUUGAAUAUGUCUACCAUUUCCUGUAGACUACAUAACCUUACAAUAAGCUAAGAGUGUUUGUGCCUGUCUUCAACUGUUGUUGCAGUCAAAGGCUUUUUUGCAGUAUCUUUGACUCUCUGUUCUUGUCCUUCUUCAGGUUUUCCUCUACCCUUUGUAUACUUCUUAUUGCUUCAACCUGAACUAUUUAAUACUUUAAGUUAUUAUUUCAUAAUUUUGUUAUUUAAAUCACAGACAACAUGCUCGUCAAGAAUAUCAAAUAGCCUACAGCAGUAGCAGUCGUAAAUCAGGAAGGAGGGGUUCGCCUCAUUUCUUCAGUGAGACAACAAGAUUGAAAAGUGUAACUGAGGUAGGCCAUACAUUUUAAGUAAUAUCCCAUAGUCACAUAUCUAAUAGUGACAUUAUCUCUAAAUAUUUCGUUUUUUAAGGAUAUGGUAUAUUUUAAAUGCUUCAUUUUUAUUAUUCUUGUUUUGUUUAAUAUUGCAUUUUAAAUAUUUAAAAAUAUUACAAUCUCCUUAGAGUUACAACCUUCCAUUAAAUCUUUGUUCAAGAAAGUUAGUUAUGCAAUAUGGUAUUUUUUUACAUAGAGCCCAAAGACUGUUUACACACACUUCCUAGACAAGACACAGACUCAGAAUGAUAAGGCUAAGCUGCCGGAGCCAUCUCUAUUCCGUGUACUUUGGAAACAGUACAGGUUCAUGGUCUUCCAGUUCACCUGGACGAAAAUCAUCUCGGACAUGGCUGUUGUUUGUGGACCAUUAUUGCUAAUGUAAGAAACAGACAAUUUUUAUUAUCUGAAUUGAGUAUCAGUUUCAGUGUUAUCUUUAGAAAAUUUAAGUUUAAAAAAAAAAAAACAUUUCAUUUUAGCUUGAUCAUUUGGGAUUCUUGGAUCAGUAAUGUCAUAUAAUGUCAUAUAUCAUUUAAAAAAAUUAAAUUCUAAAAACAGACCUUUUUCUGAUAAAAAAAAAAUUCUGACAAAUAAUGACAAAAUAAAUGUCAACAUGUUAACUCUUUUUGUUUAAAAUGAAAUAAAACAUGACAGAUGCUAGGUAUUUAUAUUAAUCAUUUAUUACAUUACAAUUAAGUGUAAGAUUAAUUACCAUUAUUUGAACAAGGGUAAAUGUUUAAUACUUCAAAGGUGAAUUUAAACAAAUUAACACCUUCCGUUUGAAUUGUAUAACAUCAUUGUCAAGUGAUUGUGUUUACUUGUCAUAAUUCAAAGAUUGUUACUGUCCUACAUGGAGGCAAGAUCCCCUGGUGUGGAGUGGCAGGGCUACUGUGUGUGUGUCCUCAUGUUGAUAGUAGGACAGUUCCGCAUUGCUGUCUUCAAUUUCUCAAUGUGGACGAGCUACAAGCUGGGAAUGGUGGUUAAGUCUGUCCUGAUCACAGCCAUUUAUAAGAAGGUGUUUACUAUAAUUAUAAUACUCAGUGUUAUAGUGAAAUAUAUUUACUGAUAACCCAGAAAUUUGUGUUUUAGGCUACUCCAUAGAUUGAAUGGAUUUGUCAGUGGAUGGGUUGAAUGGACUUGUCGGCCUUGUAAAACAGCUAUUUAUAGGGUAAUAUGGAGAGGACUGCUUUCAGAUUGAAACAUUAAGAAAUAUACAAAGGGUAGAAGUGACCCUAUUGGACAAUAAAUUAAAGUGGUUGUUUUGGCCAAAUAACCUUCGACAGCAAAAAUAGUUAAAAGACAGAGACAAACACACUCUUAGCUUACUGUAUAGAUAUAGACAGAAAAUAGUAGACAUAUUCAGUUAUGAAAGUGACCUAUGAAAUCAAAGAAUUUUGCAUAUCAGAUUAGCAGGCAAGACAAAAGAUUUGAAAUAAAUAAAUAAUUACAGUGGCUACGACCACAUGGCCUAGUUCCAAAAUGGGAGGGGUUGAUUCGGAGGUGGCUAUGACUCAGAAGGUCACGUAAAUUUCUAUUGUCUAAAUACGAUGAGAGUGGGGGGGGGGGAGGGGGGGUGCCUUAUUAUGCCAUCAAAAAAUUCAGUGCCUUAUUAUGCCAUCAAAAAAGGGUUGAUUCGGAGGUGGCUAUGACUCAGAAGGUCACGUAAAUUUCUAUUGUCUAAAUACGAUGAGAGUGGGGGGGGGGAGGGGGGGGGGUGUGACGAGAAAUUCUUGUAUACAUCAGGGUCAGCUAGAAGUAUAUCAUAAUUUUCAGGACAAUAAGUUGUAGUUCAAUAUUAUGAGGGUGAUACUUGAGGAUAAGAUUGAUUCUGUCCUCAGUAUCACUAGCUUGUGGUUUAAUGCCUCAGCAUGGUUGAUAAUUUUUAUUCAUUGUAAGGCAAAAUAUUGGACCUUCUGGGUGAUUCCUACCACAGAAAAAAUAAAUCUUAUUGUGCAUUGUCACUAAAGUCCUCAGACAGAAAAAGUUGACGCAAAUGGGGAGCAGGCAAAUUUUGAGUAAAAAAAAUUAAUCAAUCAUAAAAGAUGUACGGUGUCGGUCAACUCCGUGAGAUAAUAAAAUUGUAUUUAUAUCCUUUCUAAACGAAAAAUAGAAAGCUGUCGUAAAAAUAUAAGGGAAAAAAUUAGAAUCUUGUAAAAAUAACAAAAAAAUUAUAUUUUUGCGGGGACACCACUCUAUGAGUAGAUAUAAGUAGAAAUUUCUUUAAGACUAUAGCAUCAAAUAUACUUUAAAUAACGGAAUUUGUGCAUUAGGCUUUAAACUAGUUUUUUUAACAAACUUAAACUAAAAUAGUUAAGGAGAAAGUAAACUAGUGAGAAAUUAUAUUCUUUUCUAUUCAUUUGUGAGCAUAAGUUACUGUUUAAUUGUCAUGAUGAAUUGAAAGUGAGAUUUAAAUAUAAAAUGCAUUAAAGCUAUAGGGAAAUAUAGUGUCACAGAGAUUUUUAAAAAAAAAAAAUGUCAUUUUCAAGAGGAAGCUGAUAUCUGAGGCUUUGGGGGCGAUAUAAAAGGUGAUGCUGAGCACACUUACGUUAUGUUGAUUUCAAUUUGUUCUUGAUUUCCUCAGGCAAUGAGAAUCAGCAAUGAAGCAAAGAAAGAAUCAACUGUCGGUGAUAUAGUCAACCUGAUGUCUGUGGACGCCCAAAGAAUUCAAGAGUUUCUCAUCAAGAUCUCGUUUUGUCACACAACUCCAAUCCAAGUCAUUGUAUCUAUAUUGAUUAUAUAUCUACUGAUUGGGCCAGCUGUCCUGGUUGGUGAGUAGACUAGACAUUCCCAGAACCCUGAAUGGUUUGUUUGUUUGACUAGAAGUAAAAGGAAUAUUUCUUUCAAAUAUAGACUCUCAAUUCCUCAACCUCCAGCGAUGGAAGAAAAGGAAUUUAUUGCUUUAAAAUGAUUGAAUGGAUAAUUAUUAAAACGGGUGCAGAUUUUCGGGGAGGUUUGGGGGGCAUUUCCAAAGAACAUUUUGUUUAAACUAAUGUUAAGUAUUCAUUAUAUUUCUCUUUAUGUUCAGGGUUCCUUGUAGUUAUAAUUCUCAUGCCACUGAGCAUUUGGAUUGCCACAAAGCAGAGUGAUCUUUUGAAAGAUAAUUUGAAGUUCAAGGACACUCGGAUACGAAUGAUGAAUGAAAUCUUGAACGGCAUCAAAGUAAGAAAUUCAAGGGUUUUCAUUAUUUUGUUGUGCCCCUUUUGUCAUGGUUUCCCCUACCUUACCCUGAUUGCAGUCUCUUCCCUUCCCCCUUAUUCUUGAAUUGUUUAAUCAGCAGCAAUUAGAAGGUUGGGGAUAACUGAUUUAUUAUUGAAUCACUUGUAUGAUUUUCAUAUCUAAUUGGUUGUUCAUCCAUGCCAGGCACUAAAGCUGUACGCCUGGGAGAAGUCCUUUCAUGACAGAGUAGAAGGUGUCAGGGCAGCAGAGAUAGGAACAUUACUGAAGAUAGCUAUGCUGUAUGUUGUCACUGGUGUCUGCUGGAAUCUUGCUGGAUAUCUAGUGAGUUUGUAAUUGUUCAACAGGUACUCUCUGAUGGGCCAGUAAGACGACAAUGUACAGCUGGUAAUUUUCAACCUGUGGUUCCACAUGUUUUCCCAACAAAGGAAUAUAAAAAGUUGAAUGGUCGAGUAGACAACAUACUAGUAGACAGCCUACUGUGGCAAGUUUGUGGGUAUUCCAUCUAUUUACUCUUGCUUUGUCUGAUUGCAAAAAUGACUGAUUAGACACUAUCAAAAGUGGAGAGCCGCAAAGGUCUUUGUCACUAGGAGGUGUAUCUCCUUAAUAAUAAGUCCUCAUUGUCAUAAACUAUGCACAUCAGGUCUCAGUUUUGGGCUUCUAAUUACUUGAAUCUAGGUUUAAGUGUUAUGAAAGAGGAAUCUGUCACAUCUACCAACAAAACAAGUCCCCUACAGUCGAUUUCUGCUCUUUGUUACAUAUUCCUUGAGGAACAUCAUCACAUGAGGUCUAUGGUAGUUUGGUCUGCUAGAGUUUAUUUAGCAUUAAUACCUUUUACUUUUUCCCAUUCCUUGGCCAAAUCCAUCCCAUAAUCUUCAGGCUAUGGUAGUGAGUAUUUGUGGUUGGCUCAUGGCUCUUCCAUGGCAUCCGAGUUCCCAAGUGGGGGCGCCCCAGAACACUACCUCCAAAUAACAACCUUGCUUUUAAAAACAUGCAACUGGCAGCAGGCUUACCCUCCAAACAAAAGCGCAAUGAUAUUUUAAAUACAAAUAAAACACCAGCUAUCUGGAUAAUGAAUAAAAAGCCUUUUUUUUAAACAAGUGAUGCAAAUUUAUGAAAAAUUAAAUAAAUGUAUUCCAUGUACAUUAUUCACAAACAUCUUUCCUAGCCUUAGAAGGAGAAUAAGAUUAUAUAAUGUAUGUUACUAGAAAAUAUAUUAGAAAUAAGGACAUUUUUUCGGUAUAUUAUUUUAAAUUUAAAUAAUUGUUUUUUUACAUUUUCUUCAAAUGAUCAUUUUCCCCCCUUUACAAUCAUAGAUGACGCUGGUGACAUUUGCGACUUAUGUCUGCAUUGACCCUGAAAAUCAUCUUGACCCGGGAAUUGCCUUCAUGACCUUGGCAUUGUUCAACAUAUUAAAGACACCUUUAGACUUUAUGGCAUCCAUCAUCUCAUUGGGUGCUCAGGUGAGCAUCAGUACAUUGAUCUAAUAUGGGACAUGCCUUGUCUCAAAAUGACCAAACAUUAUACCAGCAUUGGGCUUAACUGAUUAACUACCAGAUUGAAAAACCCGCUGUGGCCGAAUUAAAUCUAGGUCACAUUUUUUUCAUUUUAGGUGUAUGUACAAUUUCAGCUGCGGUUUUCUUAAUUAUAAACAUAUUCUAAUGAUUAAUAAACCAUUUUUUAUGUAAUUGAAUUAUCUAUAAUAUAAACUUAAAACAUUUGUAAAGUUAAGUUUUGUUAGGAAAUUAUUAAUUGUUAAAUUAGUAUUUUCAAUAGAAAAACAAUAAAAAUAUAUUGAUGUGCCAACUUACGUAUAAAUUUAAAUUUCCAAAUCAUUUAAAGCCUUUUAUUCGUUUGUUUCCAAAUAGUACAUCCAAUAUAAGAAAAAUUCACCAAAGAACACAGAAAUUGAAAAAAUUUACACUUCCAAUCACUUAUAUGCCUUUAGUAAGUAACCCUGUCACAUGUUGCCACGGUAAACAUGUACUAUUUUGUAACCAGCUAGGAAAUUAAAUCAAAACUAAUUAACAUUUCAUUUUUUAAAACAUAGCAUGCGUUUCGAAUAUAAACAUCCGGUGGGUAAAUUAAAAUCUUGAAGCAAAACGGGAACCGAAUAAUAUAAAUAUUUGACUCCAUUUACUAUGAUACAAACAUUGGCGCUACCAGCGGCUCAUGGCCAAAACGAAAGAAACGCCAAGUUUACAUGUUAAACUGAUGAACUAAAAAUGCUGUAGGCAGAUAAAAAAAAUCACGGACCAUAAAAGCAUAUUUUUUAUUUAAUGAAGUGUCAAAAUUGAUAUUUUAUAUGAGGAUCCAAUUAUCCAUUUGAAACUCAAUUAACUGUGGUAACAUAAAAAUUCUUAUUUAAUUAAGUAAAAAAAACAACAACAAAAAACUAACAAAACUAUUAAACUUUUAUUUCUUGUUGCACAAAAUGAUAAAUUUGAAAGAUUUAAAACAAGAAUAUGAUUCCACUCGUAUUAAAAAGGACAAUGUUCUAUGAGCUUCAUACAUGCAGUCGAUUAUUAGUUCAAAUUAUUGUUAGCAAAAUGUAAAUAAAUUUCAAAAGCACAAAGUAUAUUAUUAUAUUUUAAAAAAAAUAUAAGUCUCACUAUAGGUAAACCAAAAUUAAUUCAUUUUAGGCAUACGUGUCAGUAAAAAGGAUUGGCAAGUUUUUACAGUAUGAUGAACUCACAAGGGAUGCAGUUAUUAUUUUGCCAGAUGCUGGUGAGUAGGUUAUUUUGUUCUCUUGGUUAAUUUCACUUACCGUUCACGCUCAUUCUAAAGCAUGCUCAUACAUAAAGCCCCUGCCCCAAGUUUUGGCAGGGAGAAAAAUCUGAAAAGUUUAUAAUCCGCUCAUAAGCCGACCCCUUAAAAUAAUGGUACUAUAGCAAAAUAAACAUUUGUUAAUAUCCAGACUUUAAAAUAAAUAUUAACUAAAAGACUUACAAACUAAUAAACGUACAGCAUCUACUAUAUGAAGCUCUGUGUGACUGUUUUUUUUUUGUUUUUGCAUGUUCGUUCGUUUGUAGAUGGGUUAAUCCAUUACAAGAGAUCCCAAACAAUGGAUCACAACCAAAACUUGCAUGGCCAUUCCUCCUGAUUUUGAAAUGGUUCCUGGAAAGUUUGAUCAUAAGCUGUAAUUUUACAAAAUCUUAAAAUGUAGAGGGCAUUGAGUAAACAAAAAUCUGUUAAUUAAAGGAAGGUUUUUAGUGGGCUUUUGUUGGGUGCACGCAUUUGAAAUACAAUGUUAUUCUAUGCUUUCAAAAAAAUAGAAGGCCUACAUUUAAAAUUAGGUUUGUUCAUUAUCCAACCUAAAAUACUAGCUGGUCUAAAAUAUUAAAGAUUAAGUUCUUUUAGCGCCUGGGCCUUAAUAGUAAAAGUUUAUAAGGCAACAUCUUUGCAAAUUCCUUCCCAUUUUAAUGGGAUACAUUUGAAAAAUGAACUUGAAUGUUUAUCUGAAUGAUUUGUAUAGAUCCCCUAUCUCAGGUAUAACUAAAAUGGAGACUUUUGAAUGAGGAUCAUUUUCCAUUUUAAUUGAUAAAUGGCCAUAGCUUUGGUAUUAGUGAAUACAUUUUUUUAAUCUUUUUAAAGUAAGAUUUGGUCUUGAAAUCCAGAUUUUAAAAAAAAAUAAACGAAAAUAAACUAUGUAUAUUUGCACAUUACUACAAGUAUCACGGGUGCUGGGUGGCCGAAUGGUCUAAACUGAGCAAAAUCUCAAGUUGGUGGUCUGGAGUUCAAUUCCAGCUAGAGCCCAGUCAAGCAAUAACACCACCAGCACCCCGGGUAGAUGAGACUCGUCAACCUUGAAAUCAAACCCGGAGAUGGAGUCCCGAAAGGCGGAUAACAUUGAUACAAUGAAACAUUCCAGCAACUCCUGCGACGUCACUGGUGCCAAGCUGUAUCAUUCAUUGGGUUCCCUUGGGUUACCCAGCGGCGUGGAGAGAGGCGAUUUGCUGCUGGGAACCAGCUUAUAAUCCUUGAAGUAUAAUCCCAGGCCAUGUGGAUUUCGUCCUCCGAAGCCCACUCCAUCGUCACAUUGUGACGGACGGAUGCCAACCCACAAGUAUCACAUAGUUCAGUGGCUUGCAUGAAGAGUGCUUUGGCGUACCAAGGGGUUUACGACCAAGGGAUUCUGUUAUUAAUUUGUAUGACCACCUUUAUAUAAUGUGUGUGUUGUUAGAUGGGAAUCACUCUUUUUAAUAAUAAGAGAUUAUCUACCAGAAGGUACUUCAAGAGGUACUCAUAUUAGUAAUUCCUUUUUUUAUUUAAAAAAAAAAAUUUUUUUACAGAACAUAUGGUAGUGAUGGAAGGGGCCGAGUUAACAUGGGACAAGAGAGCAUCAUCGACCUUAAAAAAGUGAGUUUUUCUAUAAUUUUAUGCCCUUGUGAAAAUAUGGUAAGAAAUAAUAUAUAUUUUCUUCAUUGGAUGCAAUUGUUUUUGUCCAGCAUCAAUUUAGAAAUCCCCAAAGGUCAGCUGGUGGCGGUCGUGGGACAAGUUGGAGCUGGGAAAUCUUCAUUGAUAUCUGCCAUCUUGGGAGACAUGGAGAAAAGGAAAGGAACCAUUGCUAGAAAGGUUAGUAUGAGUACAUUUUUAAAAAUCAUUCUCAAACACAUUAUUUGACCCAUGUUUAAACUUGCAAUACACAUUAUUUGAUCCCAGUUUAAACACAGUAUAUUAUCUAUGUUUAAACACAUUUUUGACUCAUGUUUAAUCACAUUAUUAUUUGACCCAUGUUUAAAUACAAAUAUUUAAACAGUUAAAUGAUGCGGUGACUUUUUUUUCCAAUAUCCAAGUAAUCCAAGUGAUACAAUUUAUUUCAACAGUCAGUUGAAUUUUGUUGAAAUGUUUAACACUAUAAUUUCAAAUUUAUGAUGUCUAAAUUAAUAUGUUGCUAGUCUAUCACGAUUUAAACAGUGGUAGUUUAUAAAAUAACACUUCAUGUCAUUUGGAUUAAUUUUUACCUUCUAUGUUCAUGUUUGUAAUUGAAAAAAAAAUCAUGUGAACGUGCUCAGAUUCCCUGCAUAUUGUGUGCCCAGGUCGUAUGGUCACUGCUCCAAACCUAAGGCAAGGGAUUUAUACCGUGGGGAUAUUUUGAAUGUUUAACCACUUAAGGUCAGUUGUGUCAGAUUUCAUUUCCUUUUUUAGGGCGCAGUGGCUUACGUACCGCAGCAAGCAUGGAUACAGAAUGCAACUGUUCAAGACAAUAUAACCUUUGGUAAGACCUUCAAGGAGAGGAAAUACAAAAUGGUUGUCUCAGCCUGUGAACUAGAAAGGGACUUCACCAUCCUGACAGCUGGAGAUCAAACAGAAAUUGGAGAAAAGGUUAAGAGCUAAACAAGCGAUGGCCCAAGCUAUGUUAUCAUGCAUAUUAAUUUAAUCAAACCCCACUUAUGAAAAAGAAACUUUCCUCGUUAGGUGUAAAUUUAAAUAUCAGUCUUGGAUACUGAACUUUUUAACCAAUCGCCCACAAUAUGUUAAGGUAAAUGACCAAUUAUCUCAAACCAGAGAAAUAAGCACCGGGACGCCACAAGGCUGCUUUCUCUCCCAUGUACUUUAUACAAUGUAUACCAAUGAUAUUCAGAGCUCAAGUGACACUGUUCCAAUCUUAAAAUUUGCUGAUGAUACCACCAUCAUUGGCUUAAUAUCUGAAAUAGCGAAACGAGGUAUGUGGAAGCUUGAAAUAAGAUAACAGGACAUCUAUCUAUAUAUAUGUCCUGUUAUCUUAUUUCAAGCUUCCACAUACAUCGUUUCACUAUUUCAUUCAUUUACUAAGCUUGAAAGCAGUCCUUUCAUUUAUUUAAUAUCUGAAGAAGAAGGCUUAUAUCGCAACUUAGUUACAAGCUUUAUCAAUUGGUGCGAUGAAAAUUUUCUCCAGCUGAAUGUCUCAAAAACAAAUGAAAUGGUUGUUGAUUUCAGGAGGGGGAAACACCAGAUUACAGAUCUAAACAUAAAAAAAUCAAAGUGCAGAGAAAGUAGAGGCAUACAAGUACUUAGGUGUCACCAUUACUAAUAAGCUAAAAUGGCAUGAGCACGGCCAAAUGCUGUAUAAGCAAUUCAACCAAAGAUUGUUCUAACUCAAAAAACUACAAUUUCGCGUAAACAAACACGUGGCUUAUUCUACAGUGCAACAUUUGAAAGCCUACUUAAUUUCAAUAUUACCUGUUGGUGUGGGAAUUCAUCGUCUGAUAUUAAACACCGAAUAAAUAGUCUAAUCAACAAAGCUAGGAACAUAACACAAACUAAACAUUCUUCACUUGAAGAACUAUUUGAAGAAAGAUGUUAUUGUAAAACUAAACACACUUUGGCUGAUACAUCCCACCUUCUCCAUCACAUAUACUUAGGAUCAGCCCAUUCCGGACUAAUUAUUUCUCUCAGGGCGAGGACUGAAAGAUAUAAAAAUUUGUUUGUUCCCCAAUCUGUACCAAUUUACCAGCGUGCUCCCCCUGAAGUCACAAAUCUUAAUGAGAACUAAUAAGUCCCUAAUAAGAGAAUUCACUGAAUGGCUGCUUUUUUCACUAUUGAAAUAAUUUAAUGUGGAUGUCUUGUGUUCAAAUUGUUUUAUUUAUGUGUUGAAAAAGUACAUUGUAAAAAAAAAAAAAACUUUCAAUUUGUUUGGAUCAAAUAAAAGAAUCUUAUCUUUAAUCAUGGGUGCAAUACUAAAUGUUCCACCUUCAGUUUAGUGCUUCACUGUUUGUUCAUCUAAUACAGGGGUGGGCAAACAGGCUCACGUGCCAAUUGUGGCUUGCACCUCCGUUUUUAAUGGCUCACGCUCACUUUAAUAAAAAAUUAAAUCACUAAAAUAAUCAUAAAAAUGGAAAAGUUAAAUUUAAAUGUUAGAUUGCAGAUGUCACUGUUAUAUGUUGCUGUUUCGCCCUUCUGGUAAAAUCCCAAAUUUCUGGGGAUAGAAAGUUUCUAUUGUUCACCAUUUAUGGCUCCCAUGCCUCUGUUACCUCUUGAGUCUGGCGUGCAGUUAACAAAAGUUUGCCCAACUCUGAUCUAAUACAGAGACAACUCUGUGGUGCCCUAAAGGAUAAGUCAGGCUCGUUUUAAUAGCAAUGUUUUAAAAAUUAUUGCUUUCUAUACCACUAUUAAUGUGCAACUCUCCUACAGGGCAUUAACCUCUCGGGAGGACAAAAGCAGAGAGUGUCAGUUGCCAGGGCUGUCUAUCAAGACUGUGAUCUUUAUCUGAUGGAUGACCCACUGAGUGCGGUGGACAGCCAUGUGGGGAAGGCCAUGUUUGACAAUGUCAUAGGCCCUCGAGGACUGCUGAAGAACAAAGUGAGCUAAACCUCAGAUAGAUGUCAUAUACUUUUAUAUCUAAACUAAACCACAGAUACAUUUUGAAAUUAUACCGGAUAAUUGUGUAGCUACUAGAAAAACCAGAAUACCCAGCAUUAACAAAACAAAAUGACCAUACAUUUUUUUUUACAGUAGUCCGUUAAAACUUUAUUAGAAUUAUUUUCUAGGAACCAUACAAUAGAUCCAUAAUGAAAUAAUUUUUAAAUAGUUUAAAGCAAAUUAUGCUCAUAACCCCUGGUAUUACUAUUUCAAAAACUAUAGUAACACGUUAACCCUGGUAUUACUAUUUCAAAAGCUAUAGUAACGCAAGUAAACCCUGGUAUCACUAUUUCAAAAACUAUAGUAACAUACAUAAACCCUGGUAUUACUGUUUCAAAUUGUUUUCAAGAUCAGGCUGAAUUUUAGUUGAGGCUUGUUAGAUGAACAAUACGUUACAAAUGACUCAGUAUAUAAAGAAAAGUGAUAACAAAGCUUGUGAUAUUAGCAAUAAUCAUUUUAAUUGUACUAUUAAGUUGAUAUAAAAAUAAAAAAUACAGAAAUAAAACUAUAAGAAAGCAAAGGAAAAAGUAUAAUAAGAGAAAGGUACAAAUAUUAAUACACACAAACUUACAAGGUCAAGGUUGUAAGUCUUGUAAGUCUGCUGGUCACAGUUGACCGUCAAAUUUAUAGUGAAGGAGUCAGACCCCUCCAGAACAGAAAGUCUAGAAAUUCAGUCAACAGGGUGCGUUUUUUUCUCCCUGUAUGUUGACCCUUCUGGAAAUGUAAACAAACUUUCCCAGUCGAGGGGGGUGGGAGAAAAAAAAGCAGCACAUGUAACCAAGUUAAUUGGUGUUGUAGUAACAAAAAAACCAAGGUUAAGGUUGCAUGUCAGAGCUUGACACCACACCACCCAUGGUGAACAAAAAAUAGGUCAAAACACAAGCUAUAACAAUGAUCAAAACUGCUGUGACCUUGCAGUGAUCUCAUUGUUGCAUUUCAGACUCGUGUUUUAGUCACUCAUGGAGUCCAUUUCCUCCCACAAGUUGACAUGAUUGUUGUUAUGAAUGAAGGGCAAAUAAGUGAGAUAGGAACUUACGAACAAUUACUUGCCCAUGAUGGUCCUUUUGCGAGGUUUCUGAAGGUUCACUUGACACAAGAGCAACUGGAUUUCUUUGAGAGGGAGGAGGAUCCAGAGGGUCAGUUUUGUAUUUUUAUUUUUGUUUGAUAAGUUCUUAGUUAAUUACUUAUCUAUACUGAAAGCUAAAUUUUUCUGUUAUUCUAUUACAUCAUGAAUAGUUAACUGAUAAAAAAUAUCUUAAUGGUUUGUAUUUAGGAAACAAAAAUCGAGCAUUUACAAGUCCAGGGCAUCUAUUUUCCCUGAGUGGUGGAAGUUAUCUCCCUUCCCUCUUUAGACCUUUGACUUCGCAAUGCAAAAAUUUAUAUAUUUAAAAUUUUUGUUAGAACAUUGUUUAUUCAAUAAUAAUAUUGAUAAUACAUUUUUUUCCCAUUUUUACAAAAAUUAAAUUAUCAAAUCCUCUGAUUAUGAAAAAAAAGAAUUUUAGUAGAACUAUAAUUUUUAUUUUGGUUUGGAAUUUGAAAAUUCAUUGACUUUUCUAGAGGUUGGUGUGGCUAUACGGUCAAAACAUAUGUCUUUCCAUACUUUAGGGUUGGAGGUCAAUACCCACACUAAGCCAAUCAAAUUUAAAUAUAUAUUUUUCUUCUAAUGAAAAAAAAUCCCCACCCCUUCCCCAACAAACAAAUUUAAUAAAAAUUACAGAGUAUUCAUGUUUUUUCCUCUCCAAUAUUAAUUUUGAUUUUGUUACCUGGAGAAAUUCACAAAAUAACAAAAAUUGGAAAAAAGGAGGUGUUGUUUAUUCCCCCCUCUUUCCCAGCUCAAAUUGGAAGCAACUGCUUCCUUGCCCCCUCCCCCUGUGUAGAUGCCCAUGGACCCGUCUCUUGCUACAUUUGUCCUCAUUCUUUGACUUGGGUGAUAGAUAGGAAUAUCUCAAUCGGUUGUCGGGACACUGGAAAUGCUAACUGUUUGAAAGUGAAGUAUUUGUUUGACCUUGAUGAUAGUACAUGCUGUUGUCAAAGGAUAAAUGCCAUUAAUUAGAUACUGUACACAGUAUAUAUAGUUUCUUUGAAAAGAUUGGUUUGAAAUAUUUGCAAAACUGAAUCAUCCUAAAUCAAAAAUGAUCUUCAAAGUCCCUUUUGAUCAGGGAGGUUAAGUCCGUUAAAAGUAUCAGUGAUCCUCAACCUGUGAUUAAAUGUUAAAAAGCCUUAUGCCCUCUAGUUGCAGCCAUAAAAGACAACAUGUGGGGCAAGAUAGAAUUACUCACGUCGGACGCAGCCACCUCGGGAGAUGAAAGUCGGAUAUUCAGGAGAAGGUAAUUUAGCGUGUAUCAGAGUGAUUGUGAAAACUAUAGCCAUUGAUUCAUUUUAUUAAUCAUAUUUCAAACAGAAGUGAUGUACCAUGCAAAUGUAACUUGGAAGUAUAGGCCUAUUUGAUGAGGAAACUGAUCCGUGGCAUUGUCAACCAUAAUCUAUCGUUGCUUGAUUACACAACCAUCUUUAUUUCUGUGUGGGUUGGGAUAGCAAAUUUAUAUUCCCAUGCCUGUGUUCUGCUGUAAUAGAGGACAUGUACUUAAUGUUUCAACAAUAACAAACAAUAGCUGCCUUACCAUACUUAUGAUUUUAUUCCACCUCAGUAUUAGCCCAUUGCUAGACAUGUAUCAGCUGCUACCUCUUAGUGGGCUAUUAUUGCCCUACAGAAAAAUUGUUGAAUAAAGAUUUUUAAAGGUGGGUCUGGGAAGACUAAUAUCUCUAUGACAUUGUGUUCAUUAUUAGAUGAUGAUAAAUUCAUUCAUACUAAACAGUAGGGUUUACCCGUACUCUUUCAGUUUUUAUGGGUUUUAAAUGGUGUAUGGUUGUUCAAGGAUUUAGAGAGGAAAAAUUAUUUAAUUCUUAAAAAACAUUGCACAAGACACAAUAAAUUCAUUGUAGGUCAAAAGAAGCCUAAAUCCUAUUGAUCCGUUUGAAAAGUCCUGAACUUAAUGUUUUGAUUGGUUAGGGUUGCCAGAUACAAAAAAGAAAGAGGUAAUUUCACAUUGACUAGGUCAGAAAAGGAGGACAUUUAAAUUUGAAAGGAGACCAUUUCAAGAUCUAAAUUUAAGAUUUAAAUCUAAAUUUAUUCUGAAAUAAAUUUUAAUGAAUAACUACAAAAUUAAAAUAUGUUUAAACAUACAUUUGACACUAAUUAGACAUUUAAACAUAAUUCUCAGAGCUAGCUUUUUGAACAUACUUAUCAGAGCUAGCUAUUCAAAUUUACUUUGCAUAGCUAACUAUUUAAACAUACUUCUCAGGGCUAGCUAUUUGAACAUACUUAUCAGAGCUAGCUAUUUAAAUUUACUUUGCAGAGCUAACUAUUUAAACAUAUUUCUCAGAGCUAGCUAUUUAAACAUACUUCUCAGAGCUGGCUAUUUUUGACAAAAGUUCUUCGUUACUUAAAAGGUAACAAUAAAAAUCUGAGCAAGUCAUAUUCUUGAAUGUGUACUGUGUAAUAUUACUUCCACUGACUCCACAUCAAGUCUAUUCUGCUCCUUGGUCCUUUGAGAAUUCAGCAGUGAAAAAUCCCUCUCCAUGUUUGCAUUAUGAGCAGGAAUACAAAAAUAAAAUUCAGUAAUUAUGAAAAAGAAUCAUUACUGCUCUCAAGAUUUGAAAACUAACAUUCAUUAUUCAUGAUGCCUAUGAUCUUUGAAGAACUUAAUUCCUUUGUCUUCAGAUUUGCCUAAUGUCAUUAGGUUGCAAAAUAGUCUAUACUUUUGUUUUUACACUGCACACAAAUUUACAAAAAGGAUGGCAUUUUAAAGUUGAAGGACGUUUUAAGGUUGAAGGAGGACAUUUUAAGGUUGAAGGAGGACAUUUUUAUUGGAUACCAUCUGGCAACCCUAGGAUUGGUUGGCCAUCUAAAGAUAGAAGCUAAGCAAAAUUAGGCCAGUAUCUAUGUAAUAAUCUAUAGAUUUGGUCACCAUUGGAGGAACGACGACAACUAUCCUGGCUCUCAAUGAUAUACAAGAUAACUAAUGGGCUGGUCCACUGCUCCAGCAUUAAACAGAAACUCGUCCCUCUCCCCCAUAGUCAGCGAUGAGGCCAUGACAGGCAAAUCCGGCUCAUACCAGUAAGAACCCAGGAAAGGAACUGCUCAUUCCUGCCAAAGACAAUCAUUGACUGGAACAAGGUUCCAAAAGGAACAGUUGAGGCGACAACACUUGACACAUUUGCGUCUAUUGCCUCAGGCCUUCAACCCCCAGUUCAUAACACCAUUGCUGAGUAGCCCUUGCAACCAGUGAAGUAUCCCCUUCAAAACAAUGCACAGUUACAUCACAAACCCCUCUGAAACAUAGGAGCCAGAAGGAUCAAUUCAUUGAUCGUUGGCCCUCAAAAUAUAGAAGAAGAAGAAGAUUUAUUAGUAAUUAUGUCUAUUGCAAGUAUGAUGUAUUGCUUGUUAAAAGAGGAGCCAAACACAAAUUAUAUCUUCAACUAUGGCUUUGUGUUCACUAGGAGGCCUGACCACAGCAUGACAUUAUCCCGCCAUGAUGAAAGCUUGAUGGAGGAAAAACUGGUUGACAAACAGAAAGGGAAACUUAUAUCUGUGGAGGUCUUGGUCAAAGGAAGGGUAUGUUACUCACUCAAACUUAUAUUUUUGGAAGUCUUGGCCAAAGGAAAGGUACGUUACUUACUCAAAGUUAUAAUUGUGGAAUUCUUGGCCAAAGGAAAGGUAUGUUACUUACUCAAACUUAUACUUUUGGAAGUCUUGGCUUUAGGAAAGGUAUGUUACUCAAACUUAUUGAUAGUGUUGUCUUUAUAAAUUGUUUUAAAAAAUCCACAUCAAUGUUUUCUAUUUUGAGUGGUUUCAAAUAUGUUUUAUUUGACCAUAAUGUAUUCAACAAAUAUUCCCAUGACUGUUUCCUGUGUGAUUGACUCUGAGCCAGGUGCCUGCUGGUGUUUACCUCAAGUAUUUGAAAGCAGCCGGUGUGGCUCCCAUCACGGUGGCCAUCGUCUUGUUCUGGAUCUUUCAAGCGGUCAGUGUCGGGGCCAGCUUCUGGCUGACCAGCUGGACAGAGGACGCCGUUCUGGCCAACAGCUCAACGUCAUUUGAUGUCGUGUCUGACACUAACAGCUGGUACCUGCUCAUUUAUGCCGUGUUUGGUGCUGUGCAAGGUAUUCACUAAUGUGGGCUGAUGGCAUUGUCUUGGAUGUUUCAUUUUGAGAUUUUUUGUUUGUUUCAAUUUGAAGCUUAAUGGAUGUGAAAUGUGUGUGUAGGCUUAAUGCUCACAGAUGUGUAAAAUAGAACUAGGAGCUUAACACAACAUUAAAUUAAAUUUAUAUUUGUAAUUUUAUAAUGGAGAAAAUGGUGGUAGGCAGUUGUUGGCACCUCUCCUGAAAAGCGCAGUGACUGUAACGUAUUUUGACUAAAAGCACUUUGACUGAAAAGUACUUGACUAAAAGCACUUUGACUGAAAAGUAUUUUGACUAAAAGCACUUUGACUGAAAAAUACUUUGAAGUGAGAUGAAUUCUUAAAAUAUCAAUAGCUAAAUUUUUUGUUGCUUAUUGUUAAGUUUUGUAUUGUUUAAAUGUCAUUAUUUAUCUAAAUUGACUUGAUGGUUCCAACAAAAGCUUAAAAAAAUAAAUCUGCAUUGUAUCUAAUUGAUUCAUCUAUUUCCUUAUACACAAACAGUGUUUUUCCUUGUGAGCUACUAUUACAUGUUCUGGACCAGGAUGGUGGUGGCUGGGCGAAAUCUCCACUCUCAAAUGACCACCAGACUUUUCAAAGCACCUAUGGCCUUUUUUGACACAACUCCCGUCGGCCGUAUAAUAAACAGGUGCUCCAGGGACAUUGAAAUAGUAGGUUGCACUCUGCUUACUACAUGGGCUUGUUUAAGAUAAGAUAUUUUUUAUUGAUCCAAAUAAAUGGAAAUUAGUUUUUUUUCAUACCUCCUACACAUUUUUUUCCGUCUUGAAUAUCCUUAUUUGAGUUUUUCGUUGUUCCUUGAAAGUCUUGCUUGCUACAGAAUAAUUUUGUUGGAUAAUUGUGCGGUAAGAAUGGCUGUUGAGUUCUUGAGUGUCAGUUGUAAUUAGGAACAGAGUCGUAGAUUUUUGUUUGAAUGGAGUCCUCAUUUUUUUCUUCUUCCAUGAUCAGGGGACACUCCUUUUUUCUGUAGCUGAUUUGUCUUUGGAUGGUUGAUUUGAUUUUGCCAUUUGUUUACAAGGUGGCGUAUAUAUAUAUUUUUUUUUUUUUUGCGGUUAUGAAUAUGUCUUCGUUUAUGCUAACGAUGUCCAAAAAUCCAUGUAAGCGCUGUUCCUCACAAUAAAAAACAAGAUUAUCAGUCAAAUCCUAUCAAACAAAUUCAACACGGCUUGAUUUCAAAUAAAAAAAAUUAUGUGGCAGUGUGUGCCCCGUUAUUUCGAAACAACCGCUAUUAGUACGAAAACCAUGGUGGGCGCCCAACGCGCUGUGUGACCUCACCUAACACUAGGUCGGAAUGUUGACCUCAGGUAUCUCUUUCACCCCAGUCCACAUGGCCUUUGUACGGCCGGCUUCUCUCUCCCAUGGGGGGGGGGAUGUACUUAAAUACCACUAUGUGUGCUUUAGUUAGGAAUUUAAUAAUUUAUUUCUCUGGAACCCUAGCGUAUUAAGUUAUAAAUUACAUCUAGUUGGAAAGGAGAUUUUAUGUACUAUUCUGUAGCAUGUUUACAAGUCUCCAUCGUUGGAGGAUAUUUUAACAUUCAGUCAUUAAAGGAGUUUUUCACCUUCAUCCAGAGUGGUCCCCACCCCUUCUAGUUAAAAUAUCUCAAAAACCAUUUAACUCAUAGAACUAUAAAAUAGUAUCUGAGAGAGCUGAGACAAAACUGCACAGAUCACAUAGAAGUCUUUAGGGCUUUGGUCAGGGAUUUUAAUGAUGACUCGGGUGUAGUCCCCAGGGUUAGGCAUUUCACUCAAGGACAUUGGCCAGAAGGCAAAAUGUAGACCGGCUUGGUUUUGGUGUGACGAAGGAGCUCUCUCAUAUGUCCGUGCAUGGCUUUAUAAAGGGGUGCACACUAAGUAGGGGGUCAUUCGAGAUUGGACAGCAUCCUUGCAGUGUGCAUUGUUCAGUGCGGUCCAUUGGAACGCUCUAUAUUGUCCUUUUUCUUCAUAGUAGACUUUUUCUUUAUCAUUUUCUUAAGACUUUUCCUUCGGACCAUUUUCAUCAUAGUGAACUUUUCCUGUAGAGUAGUAAUAAAGCUAUAGUCCUCGAGACCUGAAUUUCUUCAAUUUUUUUAUGAGUAACUGUCAGUGUCAGUAUUGGUACAAACAAUCACCAUCACCAACCAGUACCUAAGGACCUGCACACUACUACAUUUUUGGGGCUGCGAGCAGGGUUGUUAAAAGUGUGUCACACAUGUACACAUACAACACACUCCAGUAGCCAUCAUCCUUAUUGAACACUUAUGUUAGUACUUUGCUACAGUUAAAACCUCCAAACUAUUGAAGAGCUGAAAAAUAUGCACAGAUGAAAUUUAGUUGCCUAAUUUAGUUUGACUUAUGUAUUGAGAAUCAUAUAAUAUGAUUUAAGUUUCCCUUUUACCGACAUUGAAUUUAUUGAACCUGCUAUUAUUUUAACGAGUGUCACACUGCCGUGUGCAAAAAUAUAUUUUUUUAUAAAUCACAUGGAAGAACUAAAAAAUGCUGGGAAAAUUUAAAAAAACUAAAAAAGUGCAGGUAACUGUACAAGUAUGCGAUAAUGAUAUGAAAUCUCUGUUACAUACAAGAUGUCAUCCUGGUUAUCUACUGCUGUUGUUUACUUCCAGGUGGAUAACUUUCUUCCAAUCCUCUGCCGUGACUUUAUUGGAACAUUUGGCACCAACUUCAUCACCAUUGUCGUCAUCAUGAUUGAGAGUCCAGUGUUUGGGGCAGUCCUUGUUCCUGUCAUCAUACUCUUCUUUUUUAUCUUGGUACAGAAACGCUUGAUACUAUGUAUUGUUGUCUUGAUUUUUGUGUGUGUGUAUUGUGUGUGUUUGUGUGUGAGAUUGUGUUUCUUUGUGUGUGUUAGGCUCUGUGUGUGUGUGAUUGUUUUGUGCAUGCAAUUGUGUGUGUUUGUGAUUGUGGCAGAGAGAGAUUGUUUGAGAGUGUUUUUGUGUGUUGUCUGUUUUUGUUUUUGAGUGUGUCUGUUUUUGUUUGUGUAGGUGUGUGUUUGUGAGCGUGUUUGUUAAUGUGUGUAAUUGUGUGUGUGUGCUUGUAUGUGAUUGUAUAUAUGUGUAUAUGUAUUUGUAUAUAUUUGUGUAUGUGAUUGUGUGUGUUUUUGUCAGUCUGUGUGUAAUAUUUUAUGUAUAUAUGCAUUAUUAUAGGUUUUUAUAUGUUAUUGUGUAGGUCAUUGUAUGUCUUAUUGUAUGUCUUAUGGUAUGUAUGUGUGCGUUAUUGUAUUUAUGUAUGUAUAUAUGUAUUUAUGUAUUAUUGUAUGUAUGUAUGUAUGUGUUAUUGUAUUUGUGUAAGUAUUACUGCAUGCAUGAAUAUGUUUUUAUGUGUUAUUGUAUGUAUGUAUAUGUUAUUGCAUGUGUGUAUGUGUCAUAUAUAUAUAUAUAUAUACAUAUAUUUAUGUGUUAUUUUAUGUCUGUAUGUAUGUGUUAUUGUUUCUCUGUAUUUAUGUGUUAUUGUUUGUCUGUAUGUAUGUGCUAUCACUCUUUUAUAUUUUAAAUACUUCAGAUUUUGUGCACUGUUCAUGUCUUGUGAUACCAAUCUUAGCAGAGGUGAUUCUAAUAGAAUAUACUAAUAAAUGAUUUGAUCACUUGUGUGUGCUUCAGAAUGGUUUCAAAUUAAAGGAAUAAUCUUAUAUUCCAGAGGUUUUAUGUUCCAACAUCUCGUCAGCUGAGGAGGAUUGAACAUAUCAAGAGGUCACCCAUCUAUACACACUUUAGGUAUGUAUUCCAUCUAUACACACUUUAGGUAUGUAUUCCAUCUAUACACACUUAAGGUAUGUAUUCCAUCUAUACACACUUAAGGUAUGUAUUCCAUCUAUACACACUUUAGGUAUGUAUUCCAUCUAUACACACUUUAGGUAUGUAUUCCAUCUAUACACACUUUAGGUAUGUAUUCCAUCUAUACACACUUUAGGUAUGUAUUCCAUCUAUACACACUUUUUCUUCUUCUAUAUCUUAAGGGCCAAGAUCAAUUUAUUGAUCAUUCUGGCUCCUAUGCAUGUAGAGAGGAUUUGCAGUGGUUCUGUGCCUGAUGUUGAAGAGGAUAUUUCACUGGUUGCAAGGGCUACUUAGUGAGGGUAUCAUUCACUGGGGUUGGAAGACCUGAGGCAAUAGGCGCAAAUAUGUCGAGCGUUGUCGCCUCAACUGUUCCUUUUUGAAGCUUGUUCCAGUCCCUGAUUGUAUUUGGUAGGAAUGAACAGCUCCUGUACUGGCUUCUUGCUGGUAUGAGCUGGAACUGCCUGUCAUGGCCUCGUCGCCGUCUAUGGGGGAGAGGGACGAGUUUCUGCUUAAUGCUGGAGCAGUGGACCAGCCCAUUAGUUAUCUUGUACAUCAUGGAGAGCCUGGAUAGUCGUCAUUGUUCCUUCAAUAGUGACCAGCCCAGUUUUUUAUGUGUGUGUUAAAUUGGGCAACAAAAUUGACUCUAAAUCUUGAUCAAUAAGUUUUUAUCUUUAAAACAUGUUGAAGAAUAAUUUUUAUAUAACAAUUUUAUAAGUUAAUCCUGCAAAAAAUAAUGCUCUUAGAUAAAAUGAACCUUCCACAGUUAAAUUCAAGUUCGUUGAUUUUUUAAAAAAAUCUCUCUGAAACUGUAUGAAGUUUAUGGCUCACAAGUUGAUAAAAAAAAUUUUUUUUAUUUCAUUAAAAAUAUUUCAAUUAAUUUCAUUAACAUUUCAAAUUAUAAACGCUAUUUCUUACGGCAACAUUUUGGCUAAUGCUACAAUUAUUGUAUCCGUGUUUGGUGUCUGCAGUGAGUCUGUCUCAGGAGCAUCUGUGAUCAGGGCUUAUGGAGUCACUGAGAGGUUUAUCAAGGAGUCUGAGAAGAGAGUCAAUGACAAUACAGUUUUCUUCUUUGCCGCAUCCAUGGCUCUGAGGUUGGAAUACCUUUUUGUAUUAGUUAAUUUAUGGCUCUAAGUUUACAGAUUUAAAAAAAAAAAAUUUUUUAUAUUAAUUUAAAAGUGAUAGAAUGUUCAUUCCAUUUCUGCAUAACUUUUUAUAAUUCUUAAUUAUUUUUAAUCAUUGUAAAGGAUAAAGGUGUCAUAAAAAUUGAAAAUAGUUUUAUAAUUUCUUUUAUGCAUGAAUUUUAAUGUGGUGAAGGAAACUAAUUGACAUAACUAAAUAAUAAUUUCUUAAAAAACUUUGCUUCUUCCCCAGGUGGCUGUCAGUUAAUAUGGACACACUAGCCAACCUGGUGAUUUUCUCUUCGGGUUUCUUCCAAGUGUUGUCAUCUGGCAGCAGUGCUGGCCAAGCAGGACUGACAGUGUCAUAUGCUCUACAGGUUAGUACCAACACGACUGACAGUGUCAUAUGCUCUACAGGUUAGUACCAACACGACUGACAGUGUCAUAUGCUCUACAGGUUAGUACCGACACGACUGAAAGUGUCAUAUGCUCUACAGGUUAGUACCGACACGAUUGACAGUGUCAUAUGCUCUACAAGUUAAUAACUGUUUACAGGAAUACAAAUUCCAUUUCCUCAUUAUUCCUGAUCAAAUUUUAAUUUUAAAAAAUUAAAGUUUUAAAUAAAUUGUAUACAUAUUAAACCUCUAAAUAUCAAUUCAAGCCUUAACAAGGGACAGGCUACAAGCUGUGUAAUCGUUUGUUAAGUUUUAGAUAAAAUAAUUGGGCCAAUUAUCAUUUCAAAUAUAAUGGACAUUAGUAGAUAAAAUUUAGAGAAAUUUGGAGGGGGGGGGGGGAACCUGCGUUCUGGUUAAAGCAAUAAGAAAAUUUAAAGGGUAGAGUAAAACUUGAAAGAGGACAACAAAAAAAAAGCGUUCGUUUCGGACGAAAAGCCUUCCCAAACAAAGAAAAAUUAGUAGAUAAAAUUUAGAGAAAUUUGGAGGGGGGGGGGGGAACCUGCGUUCUGGUUAAAGCAAUAAGAAAAUUUAAAGGGUAGAGUAAAACUUGAAAGAGGACAACACAAAAGAAGCGUUCGUUUCGGCCGAAAAGCCUUCACCAGCAAAGAAACACAGAGACAAAGACUCUCAGCUUGUUGUAAAGUUAUGUAGUUGACAGGAAAUAGUAGACAUAUUCAAUUACGGAAUUGACCCUUGAAACCAAAGAAUUGGCUUAUGGGAUUAUCAGGAAAUGUAAAACAUAGAAAUAAAUAAAUAAUUAAAUAAAAUAAGAGAGAAAUUCAAGAUUACUGUAAAACAUAGAGAACUGUGUAUGUAAGGUUAGCGAGGAUGUUGAAUAUUAGGUGAACAUCAUAGAAAGAACACAGAAGACAAAUGGGCUCUUGCCUUACCUAAAUAUAUUGGAACUCUGCAAACAAAAAGAGAGAGGGAGAGAAAAAUUAAGUAUUUUUUAAAGAAACCUCUUUAUCUCUAUUAUAACCUAAGAACAUCAAUGGCUUGUGUAAAAAAAAAAUAUGAAAACUAUUUUCUGAAUACACAGAUCUCUGGAAGUCUUCCAUGGAUGGUCAGACAACUGGCAGACUUUGAGACCAACAUUGUCUCUGUGGAGAGACUCAAGGAAUAUUCUGAAAUUGAACAAGAGGUCAGUUGUUCAAACCAUCCCAAUUGGUCAAUUACUUAAACCAUUCUAACAUUGUCAGAGCCAAGAGGUCAGUUCUUCAAACCAUCCUAAUAUGUCAAUUACUUAACCCAUUCUAACAUUGUCAAAGCCCAGAGCCAUGCAGCAUAAUGCCUUGAAUAUAAAGAUAAACAAAUAUAGUUAUUUAAAAUUAGAUUUUCAUUUAUUCAAGCAUUCAUAUGAAAUGACCAUAGUUGAAAUCAUUUCUGCUCAGCUGCUAUAAAAUUUGAUUCAAUUUUAAAUGAAUAAUGGGUUUGUUAGACUUGUUUAAGGUAUGAAAGUUUUUCUUCCAAUUACUCUAGUCAAAAUGAUUAGAUAUUAAAUUGGUAUUAUUUAAUUUUUUUUAAAAUUAUGUCGUAAUCAAACAAUCAAAUGUUUAAAUAACAUCUAAGCUAUUGCUUCAGUGUCCCACAUAGAUAUGGCUGUGGAGGUGUCAUGUGAAUAGGAUUUAUUUUGUUCAAAAAAUUAUGGUCCAAAUCGUGGUUUUCAAAAAUUGAUUCGAGUGUAAUAUAGGACAUAACGCCAUCUGUGGUGCAGGGGAUUCUGAAAGUUUGUGGUUAACUCAAAAUGGUGUCCUUUCUAACAUUCCCUCCUAUUAAAACAUAAACACAUUUCCUAUCUUGGAGGCCACCUGUUCCUCCUUAAGAUAUUUCAUGAGACUAUUCAUCAUUUCAUUGGCUAGGCUGUUCAUUUCAUUGGCUAGGCUGUAGAUGUUUAAUGUACAUAGUCAUCAUUUCAUUGGCUAGGCUGUAGAUGUUUAAUGUACAUAUUCCUCAUUUCAUUAGUUAGGCUGUAGAUGUUUAAUGUACAUAUUCAUCAUUUCAUUGGCUAGGAUGUAGAUGUUUAAUGUACAUAUUCAUCAUUUCAUUGGCUAGGAUGUAGAUGUUUAAUGUACAUAUUCAUCAUUUCAUUGGCUAGGCUAUAGAUGUUUAAUGUACAUAUUCCUCAUUUCACUAGUUAGGCUGUAGAUGUUUAAUGUACAUAUUCCUCAUUUCAUUAGUUGGGCUGUAGAUGUUUAAUGUACAUAUUCAUCAUUUCAUUGGCUAGGCUAUAGAUGUAUAAUGUACAUAUUCCUCAUUUCAUUAGUUGGGCUGUAGAUGUUUAAUGUACAUAUUCCUCAUUUAAUUAGUUAGGCUGUAGAUGUUUAAUGUACAUAUUCAUCAUUUCAUUGGCUAGGCUGUAGAUGGGUAAUAUGAAUAUUCCUCAUUUCAUUGGCUAGGCUGUAUAAGUAAUAUGAAUAUUCAUCAUUUCAUUGUCUAGGCUGUUGAUGUUUAAUAUACAUAUUCCUCAUUUCAUUGUCUAGGCUGACUGGGUGGUGCCCUCUAAACGCCCCCACCCAACAUGGCCAUCUCAUGGCGUUGUGGAGUUCAUGAACUUCAGUGUCAAGUACAGGGAGGGACUUGACCUCGUCAUUAGAGGGAUGUCUGUCAAGAUACAUGGAGGGGAGAAGGUAGGUUGAUCGUAAGUGGAAUUUCUGUUCAGGGAUGGUGAUGUUUAAUUAUAACACUCUUGACAAGUCCAACACUCAAUAUUGAUUAAUUUACUCCUCAUAGUCUUAUUUUAGAAUUUAGACAAAAUGCAAAAUUUAAACAACCUGUUCCAUUUCCUUGAAAAUGCAUCUCUAGUUGUGUGUCAAAUACAACCAUAUUGUUUGUUUUUGAGAGAUGUUUAAAGAUGAAAGAGUGAAAUAAAAAUUUUAAAUUGUUGAACAGGUUUAAUUAUUAUCCUUGCACAGGUUGGAGUGGUUGGUCGGACUGGGGCAGGCAAGUCUUCCCUCUCUCUUUCAUUAUUUCGUCUGAUGGAGUCUGCGGGUGGAUGCAUCAUGGUGGAUGGGGUCAACAUUGCUGACUUGGGCCUGCAUGAUCUGCGGUCAAGAAUCACCAUACUUCCUCAAGUAACUACUCACUAUUAAACGUUAGCCUAACAUAUUGUGUAACUACUACCUUUUUAUAUAUGAAUAUGAUUUCUGGAUAUACCCACUGAGGGGAGAGUAAUUUAAAAGUGCAUUUAAUGCUGCAAAAAUUAUUGGAUGCUCAUAUUUAACGUUUGCCGAGGUAAAAGUACAGGAUGUUUAUAUCAAAGUUUGCCCAGGUAAUUAGACAAUUAUUUUUCAUCCUAUAAGAUAAAGCAUUUAGUGCAUCCGACGAAAGUUGAGAAUUCUCCUUUCGCUAUUGAAAAAAUAAAAGGAAUGUAACACUAAUACAGAGGUAUUUGAUAUAAUAAUUAAAAAAUUGCAAUUUUAAGUUUUAAAAGUUCCCUGUCUGGUAUGUUUUGCCCCUCUGUACUUGUAUAUAUUUUUGAAAACAGGAUCCAGUUUUGUUUUCUGGAACACUACGUAUGAACCUUGACCCCUUUGAUGAGUUCACGGAUGAUGAUGUAUGGACAGCUUUGGAGAGGUCACAUUUGAAAGUGUUUGUCAACCAUUUACCAGACAAGCUUAUGUACCAGUGUGGGGAGGAGGGCCAGAAUCUCAGGUCAUUAUUAUCAGUUAUGUGUGGGGAGAAGGGCCAGAAUCUCAGGUCAUUAUUAUCAGUGGUGUGUGGGGAGAAGGGCCAGAAUCUCAGGUCAUUAUUAUCAGUCAUGUGUGGGGAGGAGGGCCUGAAUCUCUGGUCAUUAUGAGACAUGUACCAGUGUGGGGAGAAGUGCCAGAAUCUCAGGUCAUUAUCAGACAUGUACCAAUGUGGGGAGGAGGGCCAGAAUCUCAGGUCAUUAUUAUCAGUCAUGUGUGGGGAGGAGGGCCAGAAUCUCAGGUCAUUAUCAGACAUGUACCAAUGUGGGGAGGAGGGUCAGAAUCUUAGGACAUUAUUAUCCGUCAUGUGUGGGGAGAAGGGCCUGAAUCACAGGUCAUUAUUAUCAGUCAUGUGUGGGGAGAAGGGCCAGAAUCGCAGGUCAUUAUCAGUCAUGUGUGGGGAGAAGGGCCAGAAUCUAAUGGGUCAUUUUAGUAAGUAAUUUAGUAAAAGGACUAUUGACUUUUAUAUACAUCAAUUAAAAUUUAUAAAACAAUGAGGGGAAAGAAUGUGUUAUUGAUAACUCAUGUUUUUUGUACCAAUACUUGUCCUGUACUUGUAAAUUAUGAUUAACUUGAAGUGUGAAGAUGGGCAAUUAAAGUAUUACGAAUAACAUUAACUCUUCUAUAAGUGAGGUAAUGUAGGGUCAUGUUUGGCUGGUUUUAGCAUUUUAAAAAAAAAUGCUGUAAAAAUGUCAGUUUAGAACUGUCUUGAACUAAAUCAGAAUGUUUAAUGGCUUUGUUUUUAUUUUUUUCUGGAAAUCAAUCUGCUUAAUGUAUUCAAGAUCCCUUUUUAUUUAUUAGGAGUAAUAAUAAAAUAAUUCUAUCUUAAACUUAUGAGCUAAAUGUCUUAUAUGCAUAAAUUUUCAGUGUUGGGCAGAGACAACUGGUUUGUUUGGCAAGAACGCUGUUAAGGAAGACUAAAAUUCUGGUCCUCGACGAGGCCACAGCUGCUGUGGACUUACACACAGACACCUUGAUUCAGAACACAAUUAGAUUUGCCUUCCAGAACUGUACAAUAAUUGCCAUAGCGCAUAGGCUCAACACCAUCUUGGAUUACGACAAGUGAGUUCUCUUAUUUCUUAUUGUGGAUAGCACAGAAAAAUGAUUUCAGCAUUAAAAAAUAAUAAAAUAUGGGUUGGGGUUAGGGAUUUCAAAGAAGAGAUUACAAAAAAAUAUUAAAGCUAUAAUAAAUUAUGUAUUUUCUGUGAAUUUAUCUGUUUGUAGGUAGAGAUUCUUAGAAGACAGUAUCAUUCCUAUGUUAAUGUAUUGAGUCAUGUAUGUCUGGUUGCAGGUAGAUGUUAUUCCUAGAGCUGCUGUUCAUUAUAUUCUUGUAUCUUUGUCUCUAGAGUAAUGGUGCUGGAUUCUGGGAUGAUCAAAGAGUUUGACACACCUAAUAAACUUCUGGAGAACACCAGCUCCAUAUUCUACUCCAUGGCUGUUGAUGCUAAUCUUAUAUAACACAAUUACUUAAUAUCAGUUUGUUAUUUAAAAAGACACAUGUCAUGCAAAUAUUUAUAUCAGUUUGUUAUUUAAAAUGGCUUCUGGCGUACCAAUUUGUAAUCUCCUCUUUACACUACAUUUGUGUUUUUUGUUUUAUUUUGUUAUGGUUCAAGCACAUCUGUCUGUCACACAAUUUUUAUAAGUAUCUUAUUCUCAUUUUUCUGUCACACCAAUUAGAUGGCUCUGUUAUUCUCAUGUUUCUGUCACACCCUUGUUUAUACCAAACUGUUUUAAUUGAAUUGUUUGUCAUCUUUCAAAUAAUGCUUAUGGUAAAAGUUUAAAAGCUUGCUAUAACUUUGUCAUAUUAUGGUAUUCAUUAGUAUCAUAAUGUGAUCAUCCAUGGUUUAUUUUUUAUCAUGCAAUAACUGAAAGAAAGAGCAAAAGAUAAAUAUUAUGCUUUCUUCACUCUCUAUAAGAUUACUUAACUAUGCUGUAAUAUCAAUUAAUUUUUGUUUUAUACCCAGAAUUUGUU